UGGUAUGCGGUCGACCCGGUCCAGGCACUUGUACGCGGUAUAUGGUGUGGUCGGCAUUCAUUCAUUAUCGGGCAUGCGCACUAUGCGUGCUGUUGCCCAUGUUGGCAGUGGACCGAUAACGCGCGUGAUAAGAUUUUACGGCGUCGACGAAACAGUGACGAUAACAGUUUCACUUUUUACGUUUAUAAUAUAUUGUAUUAUUAUUAAAAUAAUUCAUUACGGAUUACGAUUUCUUGUUUUUUCGUUUCCCGAUCAACGACGACUUUUAAUGCGUGUUUUCUAAACUCGAAAUAGUCGUUACUCCACUCAUACAUAAGUGUAUUUUUUAUUAGGUACUCGAGAUUACAACGUCGCAUAAUAUUAAGUAUCAUGGCAGUGCGUAGUACUGGACCUCUUUUGUCGAGACUGCGUGACCUGAUGAAGUUAAAGUAUUUAGGUGAACCCAUUCAAGGUUAUAUUGUUUUAUCAGAAGAUGCUCAUCAAAAUGAGUAUAUUUCUGCGUGCGAUGGACGGCGAGCUUUUAUCACUGGUUUUACAGGUUCUGCUGGUGUUGCACUUAUUACACAAAAUGAGGCCUUAUUGUGGACAGAUGGUCGUUACUUUGUACAAGCCGAACAACAAUUAGAUGAUAAUUGGACUUUAAUGAAAAUGGGACUACCAGAUACAAGUACAUUGGCUGAAUGGCUAACAAAAAAUAUGAAAUCUGGUUCUAGAAUUGCUGUUGAUGCUAAUCUAAUAACAUACAGUGAAUGGCGUAGAAUCAAUAAAGAAAUAAAAUAUAAGGGAAUUAACUUAGUUCCAUUAGAUACCAACCUCAUAGAUCGCAUGUGGUCUGACCGUCCAGCUAUUCCAUCAAAUCCAGUUAAACCGUUAAACAUUAAAUUUACAGGAAAAAAAUGUGGUGAAAAGGUUGAGGAAGUUAGACAGAAAAUGACUGAAAAAAAUGCUACUAUUUUGUUAGUAACUGCUCUUGAUGAAAUUGCGUGGUUAUUAAACUUGAGAGGAUCUGACAUAACGUAUAAUCCAGUAUUUUAUUCGUAUGUAAUUGUCACACACACAGAUGUUCAUUUAUUUGUUGAUGACAAAAAACUAGAUUCAACAGUAUCAGAACAUUUUAAAAGUGAAAACUUGUCAGUCAUUAUACAGCCUUAUGAUAAACUACAUACAUUUUUUAAUGAUAUUUUGGCAUCAGACAAUAGUAAGACUGGAAAAGUUUGGGUAUCAGACCGAUCUAGUUAUAACUUGGUCAACAUUGUACCAAAAUCAAAUCGCAUUUCUAAACCUACCCCAAUUCCACUCAUGAAAGCUAUUAAAAACUCAGUUGAAAUUAAUGGUCUUAAAAAUGCACAUAUCAAAGAUGGUGCUGCAUUGUGUUCAUAUUUUGCUUGGUUAGAGGAAAACAUAUCAUUAGGAAAUUUGACUGAAAUAUCAGUUGCUGAAAAGUUACUAUCAUUUAGAAGUUUGCAAGAUGAUUUUGUGGGUCCAAGUUUUGAAACAAUUUCUUCGUCUGGUCCAAAUGGUGGAAUAAUUCAUUAUUCACCAACUCCAGAAACUGAUAGAAAAUUAAGUGUAGACGAAAUGUAUUUGUGUGACUCUGGCGGUCAAUUUUUGGAUGGAACUACUGAUGUAACUCGUACACUUCAUUUUGGAACACCAACUGAGUACCAGAAAGAAUGUUUUACUAGAGUUUUUAAAGGACAAGCGAAUUUAGCAAUGAGCAAAUUUCCUCACAAAAUCCUAGGCAAUUGUCUGGAUUCAUAUGCACGUAGAUUUUUGUGGGAUGUCGGUUUAGAUUACAUGCAUGGUACGGGUCACGGUAUUGGUUCUUAUUUAAAUGUUCAUGAAGGACCUAUGGGAAUAUCUUGGAGAGAAAUUCCGAAUGAUCCUGGCUUACAACCGGGAAUGUUUUUAUCAAAUGAACCUGGAUAUUAUGAGGAAGAUUUUGGUAUACGCAUUGAAGACAUUGUCUUAGUAAAAGAUACAACAACUGAAUAUAAAAUGCCACAGAAGCCAUUUUUACAAUUUGAAACUGUUACUAUGUGCCCUAUACAAGUCAAAAUGUUGGUGAUGGAUUUACUCACAGAUACAGAGAUUGAUUAUUUAAAUGAAUACCAUUUGAAGUGUUUGGAAGUUCUGACACCAUUAUUAGUAAAAUUAGAUGACAAGAGAGCAUUAACAUGGCUAAAAAAGGAAACACAACCAAUCAAGCGAUAAAUUAAGUGUAUAUUUCCAUUAUAUAAUCAAUUUUUAUUUUCAUUUGACAAAAAUUCUUAAAGUAAAUUUUAAUAUUGUAAUUUUACAUACCCAUAAUACUAUAUUAUAUAAUAUGGAUUUAGUAAUACUUUUCAGUUAUGUAAAAUUAAAAUUAAUAUAUUAAUUCACCAAUCCAUUGUUUUUUUUCUGUUACUAAAUUGUAUACUAUUAGCACUAUAAAAUUGUUUGUACCAUUUUCUAUGUGCCAAGAGUGUUGAUUCUUGUUUUGAAGCUAAAGGCUUUUCAAUGUAACUCUUGUGGUUCCAAAUGACUACAUCUCUCUCAAACUGUAAUAACAUUAAAUACAUAAUUUAGUAUUCAUUAGUGAAAAUUUUAAAACAAUAGUAAUUGACACUAAACUAACCAUUGUAGCUUCCAUAAAUAAAACAAUUGAAGCAUAGAGUGAUAAAUACACUGGACAAUAGAUACGAUGUACAACUUUUUGAAUCAAUGGUUCGACAGGGGUUACAACUUGUACCAAUUUUAUGGGCCCAAAACUGGGUUUUAAAAUUUAAGAUCACUAAUCCAGGACCAAUCUAUAAGGCAAUAACAAUUUAUACUUAAAUAUUUUAGUAUUGUCAUUGUACAUUUUUUUUCAAGCGCAAAACAAAUAUUAUGUGUAUUACUAAAAUAAAUAAACAAUAAACAUGUUGUGUAUC